AUGGCGACGGUGGUUAAGGACAAGGAGGCCUUUUUCAGGGAAUUAGAGCGGCUGGAAUAUCUCAGUGACGGUGAAAAUGAGGAAUUCAGUUGUCUGGUGCAUCUGUCAAGGAAGCGCUAUGAAUGCGUUCCGUCCGAUUCGAUCACUCUGGCCUCAGAUAUAAAGGCUCCCCCAGCGCCGCUGGUGAGAGCUUCUACGGAGCCUUUACUUGCUUCUGCAAGUGGGUCUGAGGUCUGCAUUGAAAAGGAAGUUGAUACUACGUCUGAGCAAGCACGAACACCAGCUGUGACUAGAUCAAAAUCAACAGACGUGAUGCCGCCGAAAGGCAAGACUACAGGUGAUGGCGUCUCUAAAAGAAAGAGACACUACAUCCCCAACAAUGACACAUCAGACCUCCGACGGCUCCAAAUGCAGCGUGCGCGUGAGUACGGUGCCUCGCGAGCAAUGGAAUGGAAUGACACUAUCACUCAUGUCGUUGUAGACAGGUGGCUCACGUAUGAGAAUGUCAUGAGACAUUUCAAGAAUAAGCCCAUUCCAGUAGGUCUAGGAACUCAUGCUUUGUCUAGUCUGAUACUAAUGUCCCUGAAGGAAAACGUUGCUCUCGUGGACUGUAAUUAUCCUCUCUUAUGUAUUGGGGCCCGCACUAUUCUGGACGCGACUCAAACUCGCUUUCGGGUCCGUGGUGCACCUGAUCCUAGGGAGGCCAAAGAAUCCUCGCCUGCGCGCGAGCCCUCGUCAAUCGGGUCGUUGCCGAUAAAGCCAGUGAAAGCGAGACGCGGUUACAUUGAUACACAGAGCACCGAUGACGAGACUGACACUGAGCUGUCCGAACCGGAGAUUGACGAACAUCCGGAAGAUAAACAGGUCACCCAUGAACCGGACCGGGAUCGCGAUGCUUUGGAUGAUCUGAUCGAGGAAGCCAAGGCCAUGAAGGACUUACCCUUAGAGCCAGAUUCAGCCGACGAGGCAGCAGCAGCCGAGACAACCGACGACGAGACCUCCGACUCAUCAGACGCCGGGCCAGCGAAGAAGAAACGGAAGACUAUCGAGAAAGACGACUGGCAACAGAAGUUCGCGUGCAUGCAGAAGCACGAUGCAAACUCGAACUCAGAGAACCCAAACAGCAAAACCAUAGCCAUCCUCCAGCAAAUGCUAGACUACUACACGCGAACAAACGACCACUGGCGAGUCCUCGCCUACCGCAAAGCCAUCAGCGCUCUCCGAAGACAACCCCAUAAAAUCACCACCAAAUCACAAGCCCUAGCCAUCCCGGGAAUCGGACAACGCCUAGCCGACAAAAUCCAAGAAAUCGUCUUGACCAACCGCCUCCGCCGUCUCGAAAACGCCAACAACUCCCCUGAAGACCAAGUCCUCCAACUCUUCACGGGCAUCUACGGCGUCGGCAUCAACCAAGCAUCCAGAUGGCUCGCCCAAGGCUACAAAACGCUCGAGGACCUAAAAUCCAAAGCCAACUUGACCCCCAACCAGCGCAUCGGCGUAGACCACUACGACGACUUCGCCCAACGCAUCCCUCGAUCCGAAGUCGAAGCCCACGGCGAAAUCGUCCGAAAAGCAGUCCAAACGGCCGAUCCAGACAUGCAAGUCAUCAUCGCGGGCUCGUAUCGCCGCGGCGCCCCGGACUGCGGCGACAUCGACCUACUAAUUACCAAGCCCGACGCCGAGAUCGACCACAUCAGAACCAUCAUGAUGGGAUCCGUAGUCCCGAAGCUCCUUAAGCAAGGUUUCCUGCAGACCAGUCUGGCCAGCUCAUCAUCCCGAGACGGGUCCAAAUGGCACGGUGCAUGUACCUUACCAGACAACGAUGAAGAUAGAAUUACCCGCCCCUGGCGACGUAUCGACCUCCUAUUCGUCCCUGACGCAGAGAUCGGAGCCGCACUGAUCUAUUUCACCGGCAACGACAUCUUCAAUCGUAGCAUGAGGCUACUGGCAAGCAAGAAGGGCAUGCGGCUCAAUCAGCGAGGUCUUUACACGGAUGUGCUACGCGGCCCUCAGCGCGUCAAAAUCAAUGAGGGCCGAUUACUCGAGGGGCAUGAUGAGCGCCGCAUCUUUGACAUUCUGGGUGUGCCUUGGCGGCCUCCGGAGCAUCGCAUCUGCUGA